ACGAACGACGUGUACAUAAAAUAUCGGGGGGGAACGACGUAAGACGUUGGCUUACGCAAGAAAGUUUUAACGUACGCAUGAAUUUUAUUUUAUUUUUCUGUGAGUGAGCACGGGUUGCACAAGUACAGAGACGUCGAGUGACAGUACUACACACUUAACGCUGAAACGAAGAUUGGGUUGUGUAAAUAGUGCAGAACAGUUUUAUCAGCAUGCACCGUCUAUAUCACAGAGAAUGCAGACUUUUGCAAUAUGUAUUAUGCUAUUAUUGUUAUUUAUAAUUACAAGUAAUAGGCAUAUUUUAAAAAGUAAUGUCGUUUCUUCUAGGGGCAAUAUAACAUCGCAAUAACAUUUUUUUUUUUAAAGGAAAAUAUUUUGUAAUGUAAUUCUGACAACAACAAGCGUGACUGUAAACAACUAAUAUCGCUUUUUUCAAGUUUUCGAAAUUAUAUCUUCACAAAAUAAAACAAGCUUCGCUUAAGUACUCACGUGACUUCCGGGCGACUUCCUGGCUCUUUUUACACCCGGAAGAGCAAGCGUCCUAUGAGAUCUCAAAUUGAGAUUACUUCACACCUGUGCUCAAACUAAAGAAAUUUCACACUAAAUUGAUUCCCUUUUCCUGUCAUUUUUUUUUAUUAAAUGACCCUGCAUUUUGGACUGUUGACUUGUAUUUUAAUCAAUUUCUUUGAAACUGUGCCAUUAAUUUGUGUGUCAACCAUUUGAACCUGCUAGUGAAGCAAAAAAACAAAACAAACAGUCUUCAGUAAUGUGACACUAAAGCCACGUGAGUGGCGUUUGUGCAUGCCAGGACAGACCUGUGAAACAUUAAUGAGCAGGACAGUCAGAAGCACAGUGCACACUGAGCCACCAUAACAGCUGUACACAGAGCUAUGGGGACCAUGGAGGAAACUUUGAAGUGUCCUGUGUGCCAGGAUUUCUUCAUUGAUCCUGUGACGCUGCAGUGCGGGCAUGACUUCUGCCUCACCUGUAUACAGGCUGUCUGGGAAACCGAUGUGUCUGAUGAGGGGCCUUUCUUCUGCCCGGAGUGUCAGAUAUUUCUCCCCUCUGACCUCACUCUGAAGAUAAAUGCAGACCUUCAGACCAAAGUAAAGGACUUCACCACUAAGACGCUGUCAGCAGCAGAGCGACAAGCAGCAGCUUCAACUAGUGAAACUAAAUCAUCAUCAACUAUUUGCUGUGACCACUGCAUAGAGAUGCCAUCAGUAGCCAUAAGAACAUGCCUGACUUGCGAUGCCUCGCUGUGCCAGGCUCACGCCCUGCUCCACCAACAGAGGUCUGCUCUAAGGGAGCACACAGUGGUGGAGGUGACCAGCGAUCCACUGUCUCUGAAGUGCAGGGAGCACCGCGAUGAGCUUAAGCUCUUCUGUAUGGAGGAAAAGGUACCUGUGUGCUGUUUGUGUGUCCUGGUUGGCACACACAAACAUCACAAAGCCUCUGAACUGCAUGAAGCCAAAGCAGACUUUAAGAGUAUGCUUGAGACCACAAUGAACCAGCUACUAAAGAGGAGAAGUGAAGCCGAACAUGCCAUCAAAGACCUGGAGUCACUGUAUACACAAACAGUGGUACAACCAAUACAGAAAUCACACUCUUAA